AUGUCCGGCUGUCUUGGGGUAAGCAGCUGCGGGACCGGAGAAGGCCAGAUAACCAUGUCAGCUGCAGCCAUGGAUGCAGGUAAUGCGGCCACCCUUUCGGGGUCCAAAGAAAUGAGUUUGGAGGAACCAAAGAAAAUGACCAGAGAGGACUGGAGAAAGAAGAAGGAGCUAGAAGAACAGCGAAAAUUGGGUAAUGCCCCUGCAGAAGUUGAUGAAGAAGGAAAAGACAUCAAUCCUCAUAUUCCUCAGUAUAUUUCUUCAGUGCCAUGGUAUAUUGAUCCAUCAAAAAGGCCUACUUUAAAGCACCAGAGACCACAGCCAGAGAAACAAAAGCAGUAUAGCUCAUCUGGAGACUGGUACAAGAGGGGUGUAAAAGAGAAUUCCAUAACUACUAAGUACCGCAAAGGAGCAUGUGAAAACUGUGGAGCCAUGACACACAAAAAGAAAGACUGCUUUGAGAGACCUAGGCGAGUUGGAGCAAAAUUUACAGGUACUAAUAUAGCUCCAGAUGAACACGUCCAGCCUCAGCUGAUGUUUGACUAUGAUGGGAAGCGGGAUCGGUGGAAUGGCUACAAUCCAGAAGAACACAUGAAAAUUGUAGAAGAGUAUGCGAAAGUUGAUCUGGCAAAACGAACGCUGAAAGCCCAAAAACUCCAAGAAGAAUUAGCCUCAGGAAAAUUAGUGGAACAGGCUAAUUCUCCAAAACACCAGUGGGGAGAAGAGGAACCAAAUUCUCAGACGGAAAAAGAUCAUAACAGUGAAGAUGAGGAUGAAGAUAAAUAUGCAGAUGACAUUGACAUGCCUGGACAGAAUUUUGACUCUAAGAGACGAAUUACUGUCCGGAAUCUCAGGAUUCGAGAAGAUAUUGCAAAAUAUUUGCGGAAUUUAGAUCCAAAUUCUGCUUACUAUGAUCCCAAAACUAGAGCGAUGAGAGAGAAUCCCUAUGCCAAUGCAGGAAAGAAUCCAGAUGAAGUGAGCUACGCGGGGGAUAACUUUGUUAGAUACACAGGUGAUACCAUUUCAAUGGCUCAGACACAAUUGUUUGCUUGGGAAGCCUAUGACAAGGGGUCUGAAGUGCAUCUGCAAGCUGAUCCUACAAAACUAGAGCUGUUGUAUAAGUCCUUCAAAGUCAAGAAAGAAGACUUCAAAGAACAGCAGAAAGAAAGCAUCCUGGAAAAGUACGGUGGCCAAGAACACUUGGAUGCCCCUCCAGCUGAACUGCUUUUAGCUCAGACCGAAGACUACGUGGAGUACUCAAGACAUGGGACAGUCAUCAAAGGACAGGAGCGGGCUGUUGCCUCCUCCAAGUAUGAGGAGGAUGUGAAGAUCCACAAUCAUACUCAUAUCUGGGGCUCUUACUGGAAAGAAGGCCGUUGGGGAUACAAAUGCUGUCACUCUUUUUUCAAGUAUUCCUAUUGUACUGGCGAAGCUGGGAAGGAGACUGCUAAUUCAGAGGAGUGUAUUAUAAAUGAUACAACUGGAGAAGAAUCUGUGAAAAAACCUCAGACCCUCAUGGAGAUGCAUCAGGAAAAACUAAAAGAGGAGAAAAAGAAGAAAAAAAAGAAGAGGAAGCAUCGAAAGAGCAGUUCAGAGAGUGAUGACGAAGAAAAGAAACAUGAAAAAUUGAAAAAGGCACUGAAUGCAGAGGAGGCCCGUCUUCUUCAUGUCAAGGAGAUCAUGCAGAUUGAUGAGAGGAAGCGGCCUUACACUAGCAUAUAUGAAACUCGGGAACCCACUGAAGAGGAAAUGGAGGCCUACAGAAUGAAGCGUCAGAGGCCAGAUGACCCCAUGGCCUCCUUCCUCGGACAGUAGUAACUGGUCACAGAUGGUCACCGAAGAUAGACUCUGCUGAUACAUUCUUUUAGAUUCUUGCUGAUGAUUAUCAAUGGAAAAAUCUGUAUCUACUCUCCUUGCUGCCUGACUUUAA